GGAAUGGUGAACCCAUUUUAAGGCGUAACAAAUGUAGUGACGUAAACCAACGUUAACGUUACUUAACCAAAUUCUUUACCACGCGUCUGGAUAAAUACCCCCCAUAAUACUGUAUCUGACGAGCACGUCGAGAAGAAAACGCAGGGGAAAAUGGCUCUGAGAAGUGUCACUCGUCUACUGUCGAGCGCCCCAAAAUGUUCAGCUGUCGCAGCGUGUCGAGCCCAUAGUACGGCUCCUGCUGCCACGCGCAAAGUUAACGAUGGCGAAAAAGUCAAAAAGACUUCCAAGGGAACCAAGGUGCCAUUCAACUGGCGAGACGCUCUGGACUUGGAAGGUCAGCUGACAGAGGAGGAGGUGAUGAUCAGGGACUCCUUCCGUGACUACUGCCAGGAAAAACUCAUGCCCCGCAUCGUCAUGGCCAAUAGACAUGAGCAUUUCCACCGCGAAAUAGUCUCGGAGAUGGGAGAGUUGGGUGUCCUAGGGCCCACGAUCAAAGGUUACGGGUGUGCCGGGACAAAUUAUGUGGCGUAUGGCUUGAUUGCCAGAGAGGUGGAAAGAGUGGACAGCGGCUAUCGCUCAGUCAUGAGUGUACAGUCUUCAUUAGUCAUGCAUCCCAUUAACGCUUACGGAACAGAGGCUCAGAAGGAGAAAUACCUGCCCAGGCUUGCUCGUGGAGAAAUUCUAGGCUGUUUUGGCCUGACAGAACCCAACCAUGGAAGUGAUCCCAGCAGUAUGGAGACAAAGGCCACGUACAACCCAUCCAGUGGGACCUUCACUGUCAGUGGGGCCAAAACAUGGAUCACCAAUUCCCCUGAAGCAGACAUUGCAGUGGUCUGGGCCAGGUGUGAAGAUGGCAAGGUGCGCGGCUUCAUCCUCGAGCGUGGAAUGAAGGGUUUCACUACCCCGAAGAUCGAGGGCAAGUUCUCAUUGAGGGCCUCCGCCACUGGCAUGAUCCUGAUGGACGAAGUAGAAGUUCCUCAAGAGAACAUGCUUCCAAAUGUUUCUGGUCUGGCUGGACCCUUCGGCUGUCUUAACAACGCUCGGUAUGGCAUCGCCUGGGGAGCCCUGGGAGCAGCGGAAUUCUGUUUCCACGCUGCUCGACAGUACACUCUGGACAGAACACAAUUUGGAGUGCCACUGGCGAGGAAUCAACUUAUGCAAAAGAAGAUGGCUGACAUGUUGACAGAGAUUACCAUCGGGCUGCAGUCAUGUUUGUCCCUGGGAAGACUUAUUGAUGAGAAAAAAGCAGCUCCAGAAAUGAUUUCCAUGCUGAAGAGGAACAGCUGUGGCAAAGCUUUGGAUAUAGCGAGACAAGCCAGAGACAUGCUGGGAGGGAAUGGAAUCGCAGAUGAAUACCACAUCAUCCGCCAUGUCAUGAACCUGGAGGCUGUUAACACCUAUGAGGGAACCCAUGAUAUCCACGCCUUGAUCCUGGGCAGAGCUAUCACUGGACUUCAAUCUUUUACAGUUGAAAAGUAGUUUUUAGAGGGUGAAUGAGAAUAUCUGAAUGGGAAUAUUUGAUGAGAAACUGGAGCACUUUAUUACCAUCUUUGUAGGUGUUUUAGUUUGUGGAUUAUAUUAUGAAUACAGGGUGUCCAAAAAGUGACUACACACAAUUUUUUUUCGUUUCACAUAUUAUUUGAACAGAUAUUAGACAUUGGACAGCUGAGGCUUUGCAGUUAUUGUAAGCAUAGUGCCAAUUGGGCAGCGUUGCUAAAUUGAUGCCUGGCAAGACGUUAUUCCAUCUCGAUUGCAAGUUCAGUGCCAGUUUGAGAAAAUUCAUGGCAUCAUGCUGCUCCAGCAUGUAGUAAAAUUUGUGCAAUCCGUGUUAACGUUUGUCAAAACAAAAUCUGUUGUUGACAAUGAUGCAUCGGAAGGCCUGGUAGAACUUUUAGAGCAGGUGUUCAUGCAAAGCCAAAGGCAUGAAACUGAACAUAAUGCUCUACAAACUUAAGCCACAAUGGAGAAAGCUUUAUUCAUCUUCAAAGAACCUGCAAGAUAAGUUUUUGUUGAUUCUGAGUUCCAAUGCAGCCUCUCGACCCGGGGUCACCAACGCGGUGCCCGUGGGGACAUGGUUGCCCGUUAGGACCACUUAAGGGGCCCAAGAGGCAUGUUGUAAAAAUAGCACAGGUCACCAAUUAUUAUUUCUGCUUUAAAUUUUGAAUCUGACUUUCUUACAUUUUUUUUAAUAAUGUCAUAUAACAUGGGAAAUUACAAAUACUUUUUAUAUAGUGUAAUGAACUCUGGAGUCUGAAGUUUACCGGAAACAGGUCACGUAACCCUUCAUACGAUCGGUAUUCAUGAAGUAGCCCUCAGCCUCACAAAGGUUGGUGACCUCUGCCUAGAUGUUUCCUGGCUUUGUGCAAAAGUCUGUGUUAGGAGUUUGGUGUUUUUUUAUAGGUGGUGUAGUAACAGGGCUUCUACUGCUUGGCUGUCAAAAAUGGAUGCUGUUUCGAGAAAUUUGCCAUGGAUGGCAUAAGUUGUAUCUGUUAGACUAGUAUGACACCACGAAGCUUAAACUGGCUCUCAAAGUAUUGAUUGUUGGGGGGGUGGGGGGUUCGGGGGACUAUUGCUGGGCAGCAAUUUUGCAACACAGCUCCAUGGUAAAAGGCCAGUCAUGGGAAAUGGAAUUGAUGAUAUGCUUACAAAAACUACAAAACCUUGGCUUCCAAAUGAUGAUGGCCUCCUGUCUGCUGGAAUGAGCCCAAAAACAAUGGAAUAAAAGAAGAAUAUGGUCAUUUUUGGGACAUGCUGUAUUCACGUUAAUUUGUUUCUGCUCUACAAUACACAACCGCAUCUGGUUCAAGUUAGUUUUUUUUAGGGUAUAUCCAACUAUUUUCCAAGCCGCUUACCCUCACAAGGGUCACGGGAGCGCUGGAGCCUAUCCCAGCCAACGUCAGGUGAAAGAUGGACUAUACUGUGAACUGGUCGCCAGUCAGUCGCAGGGAACACAGUCACUGAGUGGAAACUGAACCCACCCUGCCAAGUCAGGGGAGGGUUCCGCUACACCAACAGUGACUCUACACAUUAAAUGAUGUACCAGUUAUAAUGCCUAAACAUUAUUUCGGUUGGGGGGGGGUUGCAGGUUGUCAUUAUCAAUUAAGAGUUGUUUUAUUUUGUGAUGUUUUAAUACAACUUGAAAUGAUGCAAAAUGAGGAUGGCUGAGAUGUUACUUUGAAAACACCAAUAAAACUGCUGUCCUA